AGAGGGAGCGGCGGCGAGGAUGGAAGGCAGCGGGAACGGGAACGGGAGCGGCGCCGUGCUGCGUCGCCAUGGCAACAGCGCCGCCAGAGCACGUCCGGAAACGUCGUGGUGAGUACCCGGAUGUGGCUCCUACUUCCGCCGGGAGAGGAGGCGGAGGGGAGGCAACAUGUCCGAUAACGAGGACAACUUUGACGGGGACGACUUCGAUGACGUGGAGGAGGAUGAGGGCCUGGAGGACCUGGAGAACGCGGAGGAGGAGGGACAGGAGAACGUGGAGAUCCUGCCGUCCGGAGAGCGGCAGCAAGCGAACCAGAAGAGGAUCACUACCCCCUACAUGACCAAGUAUGAGCGAGCCAGAGUGCUGGGCACACGUGCCCUCCAGAUAGCGAUGUGUGCCCCUGUGAUGGUGGAGUUGGAAGGAGAGACAGACCCCUUGCUGAUUGCCAUGAAAGAACUCAAGAGUCAUCUUUUCCUGCAGCAACUUUUGUGCCAGUUCACUCCCUGGCAUGACAAACCACUCCAGUCCUGGAGGUGACAAAGAAGUAAGCAGACUGUCCACAGGUGUUGGGCUAAAAACAAGAACUUGAUUUGACUGCAAGAGCUGUUGAAUUCCAGUUUGAAACCCAAAGGGGAAAUCAAGUUCCUUUGCACCUAAA